AUGGCACCCACCGCACCAUCCAAGCGAUCAAGGCCUCCAUUCUCGCCUCCUCGACCGGGGAUAUCCAAAGUCACAAAGUCUACGAAAGGGAAAGCCGUGAACGCCCAGGGUGCAGCGAAGCGGAAAUCGGGAGGAAAUGGAAACAUAAACGCCGACUCAGCUGUGCAGAAGAGUAAAUCAAAACCUAACCCGACGCCCACAUCCGCGGCGAAAGAGAAAGAAAGGCGCAAGCGGGGGCAGAAGCAGAAACAGAAGCAGAAACAGAAACAGCGUGGAGCGGGUGGUACGAUGCGCGCACUUUUCGACCGAGGCGGCGACGAUGAAGAUGACGAUGCCCACAACAGACGAAAAAGGCACGCCGAAGAAGACGAAGACGAUAAUGAUGAUGACAAUGAUAAUGAAGCCACUUUGAACGAUAUCGCCGCAAAUAUGGACACAGCAAGCGACACCGACGAAGAUACAGACACGGACACAGAUACACAGAACAAGACGGACGAGUCCGGCUCGGAAAGGGGCAAUUUCGACGAAGACAGGGACAAAGAUAGAGUCAGCCCGCGCGAUGACGAUGAAAGGGAAGGUGAGGAUGAAGACGACCAAGGCAACGCGCUUUCUCCGUCCGCCGGUCUCGAUUUCUCCAGCCCAGAACCGGAUUUCAUCCUCGCCGAAGUCACACACACGGACAAGCAGACGCAUGGUCGGUCCAGAGGCGCCAAAUCCUCCUUCUCCGCCUCCGCCUCCGCCUCCGCCUCGGUCUUGGACACCGAAGAAUACCCUAUCCCGUUACCGCUCGUGCAUCGGAUAAUGCAUGCCCAUUUCGAAGACCCCGCCACGAAACUCUCCCAGGACGCGAGGGCCCUCAUGGGUACGUACGUGAGCGUGUUCGUCAAGGAGGCGAUCCGGAGAUGCGCCGACGAGAAGAAGGAGCGGGUCAAGCGCGGGGAGGGCGGAGAUGCGGGAUGGUUGGAGGUUGAGGAUCUGGAGCGCGUGGGAUGUCAGUUGGUUUUGGAUUUCUGA